UGAAGCCGGCUUUGGAGAGCCCGCUGUGGCGGCGGCAAACAUGGCGGACGUGCUAAGUGUCGGAGUGAACCUGGAGGCCUUUUCCCAGGCCAUUAGUGCCAUCCAGGCGCUGCGCUCCAGCGUGAGCAGGGUGUUCGACUGCCUGAAGGAUGGCAUGCGGAACAAGGAGACGCUGGAGGGCCGGGAGAAGGCCUUCAUUGCGCACUUCCAGGACAACUUGCAUUCGGUCAACCGGGACCUCAAUGAGCUGGAACGGCUGAGCAAUUUGGUAGGCAAGCCAUCCGAGAACCAUCCUCUCCAUAACAGCGGGCUGUUGAGCCUGGAUCCCGUGCAGGACAAGACUCCUCUGUACAGUCAGCUCCUCCAAGCGUAUAAAUGGUCCAACAAGUUGCAGUACCACGCGGGUCUUGCAUCUGGCCUUUUGAAUCAACAGUCGUUGAAACGCUCUGCUAACCAGAUGGGAGUGUCUGCUAAACGGAGACCAAAGGCCCAGCCCACCACCCUUGUGUUACCACCUCAGUACGUUGAUGACGUCAUAAGCCGUAUUGACAGGAUGUUCCCUGAAAUGUCCAUCCACUUGUCCAGACCCAAUGGGACAUCCGCAAUGCUUCUGGUGACCUUGGGGAAGGUGUUGAAGGUGAUCGUCGUCAUGCGGAGCUUGUUCAUCGACCGAACCAUAGUAAAGGGGUACAGCGAGAACGUGUACACGGAAGACGGCAAGCUUGAUAUAUGGUCCAAAUCUAACUAUCAAGUAUUCCAGAAGGUGACGGACCAUGCCACCACCGCCCUGCUACACUACCAGCUGCCCCAGAUGCCAGACGUCGUGGUCAGAUCCUUCAUGACCUGGUUGAGAAGUUACAUAAAGCUGUUCCAGGCCCCAUGCCAGCGCUGCGGGAAGUUUCUGCAGGAUGGCCUUCCCCCCACGUGGAGGGAUUUCCGAACCCUCGAAGCCUUCCACGACACCUGCCGGCAGUAGCCCCGCCCGCCCCGCCCCGCCAGCGCAGACCCCCAGGCUGCACCCUUCCAGACAAGCCCCAAGUGUACGCAUGGCUCAGCAUUUUUUCACUGCCCCGUGUCAACGCAGCCCCCUGCCCCUUUGGUAAAACAGCAUGCUGUUCGCUAAGACCAAGCCCCUGGAAUAACAGUCCAUCUCUGUGUGCAUGGAACUGAUUCGACACGUUACCCAGAUAUGGGAGGCCGGGAAAACUGCCUGAGGACUCAGCAUGAGAAAGCUGGGUAGCGUGACCCUCCGUGUGCGUCAGCAUCAGGAAUUCACCCCCCUGGACCGCGUGCUAAGUCCUGUCCAUGAGCCGCUGUGGUUGGAAUGAGCCCCCGUUCAUACGUGUUGUGCUGAGUGUUUGGUUUUGUAACUUAUUUUUAAAAGCAAUAAACCUUUUGUACCCAG